AUGGGGAUGUACUCUCUGACUAGCGAAUUGUCUACCUUCAAGAACCGAAGUGCAAUGAAGGUUAGAGUUAUUCGUACCUACUUGGUCAGGGAAAAGAAAGGUUCUUCUGACAUAAAGAGUCAAAAAUUGGUCUUACACGACCCAGAGGACACUGUCAUUCAUGCAAGUAUACCAGCAAAGAUUGUUCCAAAGUUUAUCCAUAGUUUUGUAGAAGGCAAAGUGUAUGGUGUCAAGAACUUUUACGUUGUUUCAAACUGGCAUACCUACAAGACUAACAUGCACGAAUAUAUGCUGCAAUUCAAUCAUGAAACUAUUUUCAAAGAAUUGAGGUCAGAGAAUUUUCCUUGGUAUAUGUACAGACUAAGGUCCUUCAAUAGUUUGAAAGGUAAUUCAGAAUUAAAUGGGAAAGAGCUCAUUGAUAUCAGUGGUCGGGUUGUUGAAGUUUAUGGACCUCAAGAAAAAAAUAUUGGUGGACAUAAUGCUAGGCUCAUAGACUUUGUGCUAGAGGAUGCCAAUGGUGAGGUCAAAAUCUGCUCAUCUUAUGAUGUAACUCAAGUCCUAUUUAAUCUGGACUAUCCUGAAUUUAUCAACUUCAUGGACAGUCUUAGAGACAUAGGAUAUCAAACACCGAUGAAAAGUAUAGCUUCCCUAUCAAGUUUUAGUUUUAAAAACACUAUGGAUGAAUCCAGCAGUAAGUCUAUGGAACUAAUCACCAUAAAUGAGAUCUAUGACAAUGAUAAGGUUGCCGCAAGGAUUUCGGGUAUUGUUAAUCCCACUGAUUGGUUUUAUAGCUCUUGUAGGAAGCCUGGAUGCAACGAAAAACUGGAAAUUUCUGAAGGAGUCAAUAAGUGUUUCAAGUGUCUUAAGAUUUGGGAAGAUGGGAUUUUAAGGUAUAAGAUUACAUUGCGUGUUGUGGACAUGAAGGGUAAUGCUUCAUUUUUACUAUGGGAUAGGGAGUGCCUGGAGUUGAUAGGAAUUAUAGCAGCAGAGCUAUAUGAAAGGAGUAAUAAGACCAAUGAGCCAUUACAGCAGAUCACAAAUUUGGUAGCCAAGACUUUGCUGUUUCAGAUUACAGCAAAGAAAGAUCACACAUCCCACCAUAAUGAAUGCAACUCUGACAUGCCGAUAAGUCUGGGUGAUGAUGAUUUUUUGGAGGGUUUUUUAAGUGAUGAAGCGGAAAGUCCCAUAGCAAUUUUGCCUCCUGUAGCUGUUGGUGAUGCAACUGAGGAACCUAUUUAG